AUGCGUGAGCUCGUGCACGUCCAGGGUGGCCAGUGCGGAAAUCAGAUCGGCGCGAAGUUCUGGGAGGUGAUUGCUGACGAGCACGGCAUCGACCCAACCGGAACCUAUCAUGGCGAUUCGGACCUUCAGCUUGAGCGCAUCAACGUCUACUUCAAUGAGGCCACUGGCGGGCGCUAUGUGCCCCGUGCGAUUCUCAUGGACCUUGAGCCAGGAACGAUGGACAGUGUUCGAGCCGGGCCUUUCGGUCAGCUCUUCCGUCCGGACAACUUUGUGUUUGGCCAGACGGGCGCUGGAAAUAAUUGGGCUAAAGGCCACUACACCGAGGGUGCCGAGUUAAUUGACUCGGUGCUCGAUGUUGUGCGCAAGGAAGCAGAAGGAUGCGACUGUCUUCAAGGCUUUCAGCUCUGCCACUCGCUUGGCGGUGGCACUGGUGCAGGCAUGGGCACGCUUCUGAUUUCGAAGGUGCGUGAGGAGUACCCUGAUCGCAUCAUGGAGACCUUCUCGGUAAUCCCUUCUCCAAAGGUGUCCGACACGGUGGUCGAACCGUACAAUGCGGUUUUGAGCUUUCACCAGUUGGUCGAGAACUCCGAUGAGUCGUUCCUGUUGGAUAACGAAGCUCUCUAUGACAUUUGCUUCAGAACCCUGAAAUUGACCACGCCCACGUACGGCGAUCUGAACCACCUGGUCUCUGCCGCGAUGAGUGGCGUGACAUGCUGUCUGCGCUUCCCUGGACAGCUGAACUGCGACCUGCGCAAGAUUGCCGUGAACCUGGUGCCCUUCCCUCGCCUGCACUUCUUCAUGACGGGCUUCGCCCCGCUGACAUCCCGCGGCUCUCAGCAGUACCGCGCCCUCACCGUUCCAGAGUUGACACAACAGAUGUUUGAUGCGAAGAACAUGAUGUGCGCGGCCGAUCCUCGGCAUGGUCGCUACUUGACGGCCGCCGCCCUCUUCCGAGGGAGGAUGUCGACCAAGGAGGUCGACGAGCAGAUGCUCAACGUCCAGAACAAGAACUCCUCCUACUUCGUGGAGUGGAUUCCCAACAACAUCAAGGCAUCUGUCUGCGACAUCCCGCCAAAGGGGCUCAAGAUGGCGGUGGCCUUCGCCGGAAACUCCACGGCCAUCCAGGAGAUGUUCAAGCGCGUGGCGGAGUACUUCACGGCCAUGUUCCGCCGCAAGGCGUUCUUGCAUUGGUACACCGGUGAAGGCAUGGACGAGAUGGAGUUUACCGAGGCAGAGUCGAACAUGAACGACCUGGUGUCGGAGUACCAGCAGUACCAGGAUGCCACCGCCGAGGAGGAGGGUGAGUUCGACGAGGAGGAGGGUGAGUACGACGGCUAA